AUGGAAGCUGGGGAGUUUGACUACGACUUCAUCCUCGAGGAUGAGUUCGACGCCAUCUCUCUCGACAAGAAGCAAUCAUUGGACGAGAUUCUGAGCGGAAAAUAUCCCGCCAAGAACCAUGCACGCAAAGUAGCCCAGGAGCUGGGCGUCGACAAGGGCAUCAUCUAUCUCGUCGGUGAGCAGGAGCGCCGCUUUCCCGACUCUGAUCAAGGGCCCAAAUUCCGCCAGCAUAGAUACUUCUACUACCUUUCCGGCGCAGACUAUGCGGGCUGCACAGUCACCUACGACAUCGGCGCCGACACUCUCGUCCUCUGGAUUCCCUACACCGAGCCCAAGAAGAGCCAUUGGUUCGGGUCGACCCCGUCUACCGCCCAGGCCGCCCGUCUGUACGACGCCGAUCAGGUGCACUACAUCAGCGACCUCGCCGGCUACAUCACCAGCCUCCCGGCCGCCAGCACCGUCUACGCCCUGCACCCCGACCAGCGCCCGCCCCAGCUCGUCCAGCACCAGUCGUUCCGCGCCCGCUCCUCCGAUGGCCCCCGCAUCGAUACCACGGCCCUCAAGCCGGCCAUGAACCGCGCCCGCGAGGUCAAGGACCGGUACGAAAUCGCCCUGGUCCGUCGCGCCAACGACAUCUCCAGCGCGGCGCAUCGCCGCGUCGCCCAGUCUCUGCGACGCAUGAACAAUGAGAGCCAGCUGCAGGCCGUCUUCGAGGCCGUCUGCACGUCCCGCGACGCGCACAACCAGGCCUAUCCGGUCAUUGCCGGCGCCGGCGCCAACGGCGCGACCCUGCACUACGGCGCCAACAAUGCGCCGCUCAAGGGCAACGCCACCAUUGUCCUCGACGCGGGAUGCGAGUACCGCUGCUACGCCAGCGACAUAACCCGCACCCUCCCCAUUUCUGGGUCGUUUUCUCCUCGCGCGGCCGCCAUCAAUGACGUUGUCGCACGCAUGCAAAACGAAUGCAUUGCGCUCAUGAAGCCGGGCAAGCUCUACUAUGAAAUUCACCAGCACGCCGGCCAUGUUGCCGUCGACGGCCUUCUUAAGCUCGGGAUCCUGCGUGGCACCCGCGAGGAGCUCAUUGCCGCCGGCACCGUGUCUGCCUUCUUCACACACGGUCUCGGCCACCACGUCGGUCUCGAGGUACACGAUGUUGACGGUGACGUACCCCUCUUGAUGUCGCGCGCCGCCGAGUCGGUGGUCAGGGCAUUCAAGCGCGGCAAGCGCACUAUGGUGACGCCGGAGAAUCUCCUCGCCAUGAACAGCCUCAGCGCGACGGCGGCGGAGAAACAGCGCACAGUCCUGCGCGCAGGCAUGAUUCUCACCAUUGAGCCGGGCCUGUACUUUAAUCGUGAGUACCUAGAGGGCUUCUUCCGCAAUGACCCCGUCCACUCGAGGCUCAUUGAGUGGGACGUCGUUGAGAGAUACUACCCUGUGGGUGGAAGCCGCACCGAGGACUGCAUCUUGGUGACGGAGAAUGGCUACGAGAAUCUGACGACGGCGCCCAAGGGCCAAGAGCUGCUGGACGUGAUUAAUGGCCGCGAUGGAUCCAAGCCUCGCAACUAA